AUGGCCCGUGGAAACCAGCGUGAGAAGGCUCGUGAGAAAACUCAAAAAGAGAUGGCUCAGCAGAAAAAGAAAAAUAAUAUGUCGGGGACUGAAUUUGCCCGGACUAAAGAAGCUCAAGCAGCCAUCAUGCGUGCAAAACAAGAAGCAGCCAAUGCCAAAAAAGCCGCAGACGCUGCUGGCGGGGGAAAAAAGAAAUAGCUACGUUCAUAAUUCGUUUUGCACCCUCACCGGUACAUAAUGACGGGACAUUCGUAUGGUCACUCUUGAUCCGGCAAUUUUAUCCCACCCGCGAACUACGGAAUUCAUGUUAAGGCGCGGUGAGGGAAUAGUACAAUGGAGGCUGCCCUACUACAAAGGGUAAUCAUGCGUUUCUUGAGGUUUCCGUUUAUUUCAGAUGACGAAACGAAAGCGAUUUUAAUGAUUUAGCGGCAUCAUUCAGUUGGAAUAGAGCGUUUAUAUAU